AUGACUGAAGAGGAUCCUGAAGAGUUCGAAAAGGAUCCAGAAAUGAUCGAGGAGGAUCCAGAAGAGGAUCCAAUUGAGGAUCCCAUAGAGAAUCCUGAAGCUGUCUUGCUUGAAAUUACCCCAAAUAAGUCCAGACUGAAAGGGAUAAUAACCAUCUCCAUUCAAUCAACCUUCAACUUCAAUCUCCUUAGCAUGGCUGCUUCAGUUUCCGAUAAUAAUCCUCAGAAAUCGAAUGAUGAAGUGGAGAACAAGGAUGACAGCCCGAUCGAGCAGGUGCGGAUGACGGUGCCGACGACCGACGAUCCGUCGUUGCCAUGCCUGACGAUCCGGACGUGGAUCAUCGGCGUUUUCAGCUGCGUCCUCCUCUCCUUCGUCAACCAGUUCUUCAGCUACCGCACCAACCAGCUCUCCAUCUCCAGCGUCUGCGUCCAGAUCCUGGCGCUGCCCAUCGGCCGCUGGAUGGCCCGCGUCCUCCCGCCGGCGAUCAUCCGGAUCCCUCUACUCAACUGGUCCUUCUCCCUCAACCCCGGCCCCUUCAACAUGAAGGAGCACGUCCUCCUCACCAUCAUCGCCAGCGCCGGCGCCGGCGGCGAUUACGCCGUCGGCAUCGUCACCAUCGUGAAGGCCUUCUACCACCGCGGCAUCAACGUCAUGGCCGCCAUCCUCCUCACACAAACCACUCAAUUGUUAGGAUUCGGCUGGGCUGGAUUGUUCAGAAAAUUCUUGGUGGAUUCUCCUUACAUGUGGUGGCCUGCCAAUCUCAUUCAGGUCUCUCUAUUCAGAGCGCUGAACGAAGAAGAACGGCGGCCAAAGGGCGGCGUGACGCGGCUCCAGUUCUUCCUCAUUUGCAUGGCCUGCAGCUUCUGCUACUACGUCGUCCCCAACUACUUCUUCCCGACCAUCACCUGCAUCUCGAUCCUCUGCUUCAUUUGGAAGGACUCCAUCACCAUCCACCAGAUCGGCUCCGGCAUGAGCGGCCUCGGCGUCGGCGCCAUCGCCUUCGACUGGGCCACCGCCGCCAUGAUCUGCAGCCCCAUAGCGGCGCCCAUCUUCGUCCUCUUCAACGUCCUCGCCGGCUACGUCAUCCUAGUCUACAUCAUCAUGCCCCUCUGCUACUGGAACAACCUCUACGACGGUCGCCGCUUCACCUUGCUCAGCUCGCACCUCUUCGAGCGCUCCGGCAAGCCCUACGACCUCAGCCGCGUCCUCGACACCAAGACCUUCACCCUCAACGUCGAGGAGUACGAGAACUACAGCCGCAUCUACAUCAGCACCUUCUUCGCCAUGGCCUACGGCAUCGGCUUCGCCACCCUCACCGCCACCCUCUCCCACGUCUUCCUCUUCGACGGCCAGUACAUGCUCAAGCUGUGGCGGCAGGCGACGUCCAAGGCGAACGUGAACUUCCUGGACGUGCACGGCCGGAUCAUGAAGGCCAACUACGCCGCAGUGCCGCAGUGGUGGUUCCACCUCCUCCUCGUCGUCGUCACCGCGCUCUCCAUCUACACCUGCGAGGGCUUCGGCCGCGCCCUGCAGCUGCCUUACUGGGGCCUCUUCCUCGCCAUGGCCAUGGCCUUCGUCUUCACCCUGCCCGUCGGGAUCAUCACCGCCACCACCAAUACGACGCCUGGACUGAACAUAAUAACAGAGAUGGUGAUCGGUUACAUAAUGCCGGGAAAGCCAUUGGCCAAUGUGGUGUUCAAAACCUACGGCUAUAUGAGUAUGUCCCAAGCCAUCACCUUUCUCAGCGAUUUCAAGCUCGGUUACUACAUGAAGAUUCCUCCUAGAUCCAUGUUCAUCGCUCAGUUGGUGGGUUCGGUGAUCGCCAACGCGAGCUACUUCUGGACGGCGUGGUGGCUGCUCACCGACGUCCCCCACAUUUGCGAUACCAACCAGUUGCCAGACGACACCCCAUGGACGUGCCCCAGCGACUCCGUCUUCUUCAGCGCCUCCGUUAUCUGGGGCGUCGUUGGCCCUGCCCGGAUGUUCGGCCCCGGCUCCAUCUACGCCGGCCUCAACUACUUCUUCCUCCUCGGCCUCCUCGCCCCCGCCGUCGUCUACCUCUUCCACCGCCUCUUCCCGGAGAAGAAGUGGAUCCCGCUCAUCAACUUCCCCGUCAUCUUCGGCUCCUCCGGUAGCAUGCCCCCUAACAAGGCCAUCAACUACAACUGCUGGUUCAUCGUCGGCUUCGUCGUCAACUACUGGGUGUUCAAGCACCACAAGCAGUGGUGGGGGCGCUACGCCUAUGUCAUGUCUGCCGCCCUCGACGCCGGCACGAGCUUCAUGGGCGUCGUCGCCUUCUUCGCCCUCGGGAACUAUAACAUCUACUCUAUCAACUGGUGGGGAGGUGUCACCGAGGACUAUUGUCCCCUUGCUAAAUGCCCCACCGAGCCCGACGCCUACAUCCCCAAGGGAUGUCCUGAACUUCAUUGA